AACUUGAAACCACUCCCAGUACUAUACUAGAACCCAAAUAUCACCAGAGACCGUUCAUAGGCCCUGUCCCAAAUGGCACACUUCGGACUUGUGGACUUCCUCAGAGUCCACACUUCGGUGACGUCAUGUAGUGCAGACUUAUAGGGCCCCUCGCGCAAGUCCACAAGGGCGCAUUGAGAAGUAUUUUUGGGACAGACUCGAUCGUGAAGCGUGGUUAUUGUUGGACAGGAGCUGCAGGUUCGGUUCGGGGAAAUAUGCUGCCUAUUGUUGUUGUUUUUACUAUUGUGUUUGCGAGAUGGCUUGCCAUGCAGAGAAAUCACAUUUAUGCGCUCCGACGUCGUAGAAGACAAGAUUAUUUUUCAUGCAUACAAAUGCUGAUGUUAUGCACGGAGGAAAGGUAGAUUAUGGAGAAUGUGCAUCUUGUCCCAGAGGAGGAGGAUGAUCUGUAUACAGGCUACAAUGAAUACAAUCCAACAUUUGACUCAGAGGACCUUCACAACGAUGCAGGUUUUCAGCAGGCCGUCAGGACUAGUCAUGGGAGAAGACCACCAAUGACUGCUAAAUAUCCUGGGACUGCGAUUGGAGGGCGACCGCUUGGAACAACUUUUGGAUCUCGGAUGCCUAUUGGCACUUCAAUGGGAAGACCUAUGACUGGAGCUGUUCAGGACGGUGCAGCUCGUCCCAUGACUGCAGUGCGGGCAGCAGGAUAUUCUUCAUCUUUAGCUAGAGGCUCAGUGUUUGAUCCACUGGGACAAUCGAAAGGACCAGCACCUCCAUUAGAGAUGAAGAAUGAAGACACUCCAGAGGAGAAGAUAAAGAUCCUGGAAAAGAAGGUGAAUGAUUUGAUAGAGGAGAGUUGUCUCACUCACGCACAUGGGGAUCUACAACUGUCUCUAGAGAAGGCCAAAGAGGCAGGCAGAAAGGAAAGGGCUCUGGUAAGACAGAGAGAACAAACAGGCACUGCAGAGCACAUCAAUCUAGAUCUGACCUUCUCUGUGCUGUUUAAUUUAGCAAACCAAUAUGCCAAUAAUGACAUGUACACCGAAGCCCUAAACACUUACCAAGUCAUUGUGAAGAAUAAAAUGCUUAAUAAUGCUGGACGAUUAAAAGUGAACAUGGCAAAUAUCUAUUUCAAGCUAAAGAACUACACAAAGGCAAUCAAAUUUUACCGCAUGGCUUUGGAUCAGAUCUCAAAUGUCCAUAAUGCAAUGAGGAUCAAGAUAAUGCAGAACAUUGGAGUUGUGUUCAUACACAUGGGCCAGUACUCCGAUGCAAUCACCUCCUUUGAGUACAUCAUGAGUGAGAGUCCCAACAUAAAGACAGGCUUCAACCUCAUCCUGUGCUACUAUGCCAUCGGAGACCGUGAGAGGAUGAAGAAAGCUUUCCAGAAACUAAUUUGUGUUCCUCUUGAAAUUGAUGAUGAAGACAAGUAUAUUCCUCCAAAUGAUGACACCCAUGCAAACAUGGUCAUUGAGGCUAUUAAGAAUGAUAAGCUGCAUCAAAUGGAAUCGGAGAGGAAAGCACUAGCAGAAAAAUACAUUAUGACCUCAGCUAAGCUUAUUGCUCCAGCCAUCGAGUCAUCAUUUGCAGCUGGUUUUGACUGGUGUGUAGACAUGGUAAAGGGUUCACAAUACGUGGAGCUGGCAAAUGACUUGGAGAUCAACAAAGCAAUUACCUACCUAAGACAAAGGGACUUCAAACAGGCAGUUGAGACCCUGAAGAUGUUUGAAAAGAAGGACAGUCGGGUUAAAAGUGCUGCUGCCACUAACCUUUCCUUUCUCUACUUUUUGGAAAAGGAUUAUGAUCAAGCAGAUCGCUACGCUGACCUUGCCAUGAGCGCUGACCGCUACAACCCUGCUGCACUUAUUAACAAAGGCAACACAGUGUUUGUGAAGGAGGACUAUGAGAAAGCAGCAGAGUUUUAUAAGGAGGCUCUUCGUAAUGACUCGUCCUGCACCGAGGCUCUCUAUAACUUAGGUUUGACCUAUAAGAGGCUGGGUAGGCUAGAGGAAGCCCUGGACUGCUUCCUUAAACUACAUGCUAUCCUCAGAAACAGCGCUCAGGUCAUGUAUCAGUUGGCUAAUCUAUAUGAGAUGCUGGAAGACCCUCAUCAGGCAAUUGAGUGGCUGAUGCAGCUCACCAGUGUGACUCCAACAGAUGCCCAGGUGCUGGCCAAACUGGGAGACCUUUAUGACAAUGAGGGAGACAAAUCACAGGCAUUCCAGUACUAUUAUGAGUCAUACAGGUAUUUUCCCUCAAACAUUAGUGUCAUUGAGUGGUUGGGAGCAUAUUACAUUGAUACCCAGUUCUGUGAGAAAGCUAUUCAGUACUUUGACAGAGCUACCCUCAUUCAACCAACCCAGGUGAAAUGGCAGCUGAUGGUGGCGAGCUGUUACAGGAGAAGUGGAAAUUAUCAGAAGGCACUUGAGACCUACAAGGACAUUCAUUGGAAAUUCCCAGAGAAUGUUGAAUGUCUUCGCUUCCUGGUCAGACUGUGCACAGAUAUGGGAUUAAAAGAGGUGCAGGACUAUGCAACCAAACUUAAGAAAGUUGAGAAAAUGAAGGAGAUCAGGGAGCAGAGGGUGAGGUCUGGGAGGGACAGCAGUGCUCGGGGUCGGAGAGAAGGCAGUGCUGGCAGUGGGAGCAGCUCAAGUCCCAUCAAUACCCCUCCUCUGAGAGCCAGUGUUUCUCGCCCUGAAGCCAAGUAUAGUCCUGUACUGGAGCAGGGCAGAGACAGUGGACAGAGCACCAGUGCCAAGGGUGAACGGCUUAGUGUUAAGUUGAAAACACUUCCAGGUUCCAAUGAGCCAUAUGAAGCCAGUACUCAGCAGGAAAUAGAUGCUUCUUAUGUCGAUCCGUUGGGGCCGCAAAUGCAGAGACCAAAGACAGCAGCAAGGAAACGAAUUGAGGAAGAUGAGUUUGCUGAUGAAGAGCUAGGAGAUGACUUACUGCCAGAGUGAUGUCCAGGCCUCAAGUCCUGUGUCAUGAAAUAUUACAACUGGUCUCCACACUAAAACCUAAUGUGGCCAUUUGAUUAUUUUGUAUACAAUUUAUUUAAUGUUUUUGAUUGCACCAAAGGAACAGCAUUUAUUUGUCUUAAU